UUACCCUUGGUCUUUAAAAGGACGUGCCUAAAAGCGGCUGUGAAGUUGACAGGUAAACGGCCAUAUCUUCUGUGUGUGCUAUUGACAGCGAAGCAAACACAUCAGUGAGAUAACAGACAGAUAAAGGAGAAAAAAACCGUCUGCGUGAAAAAAAGAAAAAGACAAGAAAAAGACGAUACGUUGCAGUGUUCGUGAGCGUUUAGACGUCUCCAUCAUUUGAUUUGUAUAGUCUCUGUAAUCUGUGGAGGUCCUUUCAGCUGUUGUGCUGUGGUCCAGAGACAAUCAUGAUCCUCCUGACUCCCUCCUCUGGUUUCUUCCAGUGUACCAACAAGCUCUUUCUGAGUGAUCAGGCCACAGGACUCCAGAUCAAGGAAUUUGCGCGUAAAAAUGCAGCUAACGCUCUGUCAGUUGCCAACAUGGUCAUGGGCAUGGCCUCCAUUCUCAGCAGUCUUAGCGGGCACCAUCAUGCUGCGUGUUGGCUGGUCCUGAUUGGCUACCUGCUGGAUUUGGCAGAUGGAGCAGUUGCCAGGCGACUUGAUGCUUGUUCUGCACUGGGUGCAAAGCUAGAUGAUUUUGCUGACUUCACAACCUUUGGCAUUGCCACAUCGUUGCUCCUGAGGACACCUGACCUCCUGGACAACAUCCUAUGCAUGUGUUACGUCCUGUCUGUGUUCGUCCGCCUCUGUUUCUUCUCAAGUGGCAUCCCAUUCAUGUAUCGUGGCCUGCCCUGCAUCUACUCUUCAGCCAUCCUGGCCAGUGCCUCUCUGCUGUCGGGGGGAAACAUGGCCAUGUUGCGGGUCAUCGCAGUGGCCAUGAUCCUAUUCAUGAUCAGUCAGAACUUCUACCCCCACGACAGAGUGCUGGAGUCUCAGGCCUGGAAAAAAGCAGUCUACGCUGGAGGAGUCAUCAUGGUGUUCUGCUCUUCUUUCCCACCUGCAUGUGUGUACUACUUACUGUGGUCUGUCUCCUACAUUUUGUUCCCAACAUCCCUUUGGAGCAGCAAGGUGUAAAAGGGUUGUUGGCUUUGCCAUAAACUCCAGAAUAGUUUGACCUCUGGCCCAUCUGGGUAAACUGAGGCUUCCAGACUGCUGCUGCUCCUUACUGCCAUGGAGGAUCCAAACUAAACAUGCUCAUGCACCACAGGCGAACACUCGCUCUAUUUAACCUUUAUUUUGAUGUGACACCUCUAAGACAAAACCAGGAUUGAAGAGAGUUGGGUGAGAAGGACAUGUUAAUGUUAGUUGUAAGGAUUAACUGUCAUGCUGUCUUACUUGGUGCACAUUCACUGAAGCCAUGGUGACUUGUUCAAAAAAACUGAAUUUUCAUCAGGUUCAUCUCUUGUGUAAUCUCCCUACCACAGUAUUAAUCCAAUCUUUCAUCAGUGUUGUGAAAGUGCGGCAGCAGGGCACAUCAUCCUUUCUAUUUCAAAUGAAACAACUGCAUACAUUUUUUGUAUGUUCUUACCUCCAAUUUGGUUUUUUAAAAUGUUUAAUUUUGUCAUUACAUAGCACAUUGAAACAACUUUUUCCCAGUGUUGAGUAUAGCUGAAUGAGUAACUGUUUGAGUGCUCAGUAGGUAAGGCCUCCGAUCUAUAAAUGAUUUCUCAGCAGCAUUUUCAAGAUUCAAAAUUCAGUGUCCUUUCUGUUUUUUUCUUUAACAAAGUGACGGGCAUUCAUACAGCAUUAUGACUGUGUUACCUGACAGCUGUUUAUCAGGGUUGGGUUCAUUUAAUUUCCAUAGUAUUCAGGUCAGGGGUGUGUAUUUCCUCCAAAUCAUUUUCCAUUAGUAAUUAAGUAUGUUUUGAAUGGAUUUAACUGAAGCGCACUGACCCCACUCGUGGCCUCUUUGAAUUAAGGACUUGUUUUUCUUUUGUUUAUAUUUCAAGACUUUUAGUUUUUUAACAAGUUGUCACUUUGUCCAAGAAACUAUGUGUUAGAUUUCCAAAUUUCUUCUAUGUAUGAUUUUAUUGGGUCAUUGUAUGUGUUCGCCUCUGUUUUAAGAGGCAUUGCAGUUCAAAUACUAAAUCCACACUGGAUCACCAUCACAUCUUCUGACUACAAUUAAAUCACUGACGUUACUGCAGUUGUUACUGAUUUAGGCGGGGUCAGAAAUGCAACAUGAGUGAAAGUUGCAACCCGCAAAUGGCACUGCAACAGCAGUUUUCUGCCUCAUUUGAGUCAGUGUGAAUUUACCCUCAAAGACAACACAGAAACUGCAAAUCCUGCCAUCUAGUGGUGAAGCACUUCAUCUUUCUGCCUGUUUUGCCUCCACCCUAAAAUUGUUGUUAAGCUGUUCCCCAGUCAAUGUUGGCUGUGAUCACUCUGCAAUGCAGAGGCUUUGAAUCCUUAAACCCACAGAGGUUGAGGAAGGAAAGGAUACGUGUGUUGUUACUCUUUAACUUGGCCAGUAUUCAGUCUGAGGGACAUAACUUUCUUUUGUAAAUCAGUCCUUUUCAUUUAGGACACUUUUAUGGCAUCACUCAUCGUGUCUCACAAUUGGUAUUUGUGCCUCUGAGCUGAGACUAUAUAUUGUGAGUGACAUGGGGAGAUUAUAGCCUAUAGUUUUAUAAAGCUGUACAGAAACUACAGUUCAAAGUACUAUUGAGAAAUAUAAGAUAACAGCACAGAGUAACAGGUAAAUACAUCUGUUCUCAGCCCUAAAUAUUAUAAAUGCUUAAAUUGAUCUUAUAGAAAUGGUCAUCUUUGAGCUUGUAAUCAGAGGUGUCAAAAUAAAGGGUAUGACAUCACUUGCAUUGAAGUUCAGUGACUUUAAUUUUUUGAACCUUCUAUAAGCCAUAACUCAUAGUUUUAGCAAGUUGUGAGUUAUCUAAAUGAGUCUACCUAACGGAGCUCUACCUCAAAAGCUCUGUUUUUAUUUUUUUUUAAAUAAUGCAAGAGGUCACGUCUUCUGAUUCGGAUACUGAUCUAAACCCACAGUGGGGGUUGACAAGGUUCGUGAAUGUGCUUUAGUGCAUUCAGGUUUCCUGUGUGGUUGUUUUGCUUU